AUGUGCCGUCAAACCUACACAAGAGAUACAAACAAAAGUGUUCUUGUUGUUGUAUCGUGUGGGUUGUUUCGAGAUAGUUAUACAGGUGAAAAGUUAGGACUAGCCGCCAGCCCCCGGCGCGGCCCGGCCCCGGGUGCGGCCGCGGCGGGUGUGCUGCAGGCCAGUGCGGCAGUACGGCGCCGGUCGUGUGUUCCCAGGUCCAUCGGCGGCGCGGAGUCCUUGAAGAUGAACGGGUUUAAGAAGAAAAAUAAUACUAAAGAGCGUCUUGCGAAUCGAGCAACCAACGUGUUAGUGGCUUUAGCUAGCCUUCACCGAGUGUCGUGGACACUGACGAGUCUCGAGGGACAUUUAUCUUUUGAAAGAUUUGAGAAGUCGCUCAUCUCCAAAUAUUUCUUCUAUAGUUUCGUUUUCACCUCCAGUUUGGUUGUGUGUUUUGGUUGGUUGAAGGGUGUCUUCCACUCGGGGAACAUGCUGGACACGUGGGACAUCAAGCUGAACAUCUCCACCCCGUGGAGCACCUACAACGUGGCCGCGCCCUUGAGGAGCAUCAUCCGUCGCGCCGUCACCUUGAAUUGUCCAUUCUUCAGCUGUUUCUACGAAGGGGUUGUUGUGUUUGUAACUACAAUCCUAUUCAGAGAUGUUCUUGUUCGAGUCGUUACCAUUAUAAGGAGCAGAGGGAGGGGUGCUAAGGAGGAGCAGCAGGCGGCGGGUGCUCCGGUGAGCACGUGCGAGCGGGAGUACCGCCUGCCGCCGGUGACCGACCAGCAGGUGGUCGACGACUUCAACACUCUAUUCCUACAGUUGGCUCUGGUGACGUUGUUCGCGCCGAUGUUCCCGCUGGCGCCGCUGCUGGCGCUAGCUGUGAACAGCUUGGACAUGAGGAGCAAGGCAAGUAUGUACACGACGCGCCACCGGCGGGCGCUGCUGUUCCGCUCGGCGGGCAUCGGCUACUGGAACCACGUGCUGAAGCUCGUCUGCUACGCGGCGCCGCUCUUCCACGUGAUGACGACGCACGCUGAAUACAUCCAGACAAAUAAAGACAGGAUUUAUAACCAAUACAACAAGAGUUUCGCCUAUUGGUUUAACACGUCCGCGACUUAUUUGAUGUCGCACAGAUCAGACGGCUGCAAGACAUCAACGUACCUCACGAGUAUAUAUUACGACUACGAGAUAAUGACCAUCGACGACCGUGGCCACGAGUGGCCGCACCAGUGGAACCACCUGGGGGAGAACUACACCGGCUCCACCACCACCCCCACCUACUACUUCUUGCAGAACUUCAAGUUCAUAUGCAUACUGUUAUACAUAAUAGUGUUUGCGGCGCUGGCGGUGGCGGUGUGGCAGGCCGUGCGCGGCUGCCCCGGCGCAGUGGCGCGGCGGCAGCAGCGCGAGCGAGUGCUGCGUCGCUGGCACCAGCACCGGCUCCCCUCCCUGCGCCGGCGCUUCCCGUGA